AUGGCUGCCCGCUCAGGUACUGAGCCCUGCCCAGAAGGUUUUGUGGAGACUGCUGAUCGGCGCUUUCAGGAGGGCUACCUCUGGGCCAUCCUGAUGGCAGAGUUCCUGGUGGCAGCAGGGGGCAAUGGCCUGGCCCUGUACCGCUUUAUCACCCAAGAGCAGAGGCCCUGGCACCCAGCUGUGGUCUUCUCUGCACAGCUGGCAGUCAGCAACCUGUGCUAUGCAUUCACACUGCCUCCUCUGGCCGCCUACUUCUACCCACCCAAAAACUGGAGCUUCGGGGAGGUCGCCUGCCGCCUGGAACAUUUCGUCUCCACCUGCAACCUGCUGGGUGGCAUCAUCUUCAUCACCUGCAUCAGCCUCAGCAGAUACAUGGUGGUGGUGCACCCUUUCUUUACACGGAAACACCUGCGACCCAAGCAUGCCUGGGCUAUCAGUGUUGCCUGCUGGGCCUUGGCCAUUCUGAUGGCUGCCCCCAUGCUCGGCUUCUCCCACCAGAACAAGCCCCAGCAAGGCCCUGGGAGAUGCAGUAGAGAGAGUCCUGAGUCCUGUGUCCAGUGUCUGGGGAUGGAGGACAGCCAGCUAGGAACCUUCAGAAUCUACAGCCUGGUGCUGGCAUGCCUGGGUGGCAUCUUGCCUCUGCUGCUCACACUCAUGGCCUACAUUGUCCUAGCGUCGGUGGUGCUGCGCAGCCAGGGCAUGACCACAGCCCAGAAGGUGCAUGUGGUAGUGCUGGUGACCAGUGGUGUGGCUCUGUACGCCUGCUCCUAUGCACCCUACCACAUCACACAAAUGCUUCACGUGGAUGUCAAGUUGCGCUGGAUGGGUCGCUGCCCCAGCUUUACCAAUGAGAAAGAGGCUGCAGAAAUGGUACACAUGGGGGCCUUCUUUGGCUACCAGACAAUACGCAUCCUCGUGCCCCUGGCCACAUGCAUUCACCCCCUGCUCUACAUGGCCGUGGCACCCAGCCUGCGCUGCCACCCAUGCCACCGAAACCCUCACCAGGACCUGCCUCUAGCAGGUACAACCACUCCCCAAAGCCAGCUGAGCCCAUGA